AUGAAGUUCCAAGUCCUUCUUGCACUUCUGCCUCUAGUGAGCGCUGUUCCGGCACCAUUUCUCGAGCCUCGUGAUGGCACACCCAUUCCAGGGAAAUACAUUGUCACGCUCAAGCCCAACUCCAUCAAAGGGCAGAGUAUCCCUCAGAUCUUCACCAACCUCCUGGCCAAGAUCAAGUCAGAUGCGAAAUUCACAUACAACAUCGGCAACUUCAACGGUUUCGCCGCUUCAAUGAACGAGUCUACAGCCCAGGAGAUUCGCAAGCUUCCCGAUGUCGCACUAGUUGAGCCAGAUGUAGUCAUUAAAGCUGAUCUCGGUCAAAUCGAACAAAUCAUUUCAAAGAGGGCCUUCACAUCGCAAAACUCCGGCUCCUCCAUCUGGGGUCUAGGCAGACUCUCCUCCAAGACUCCCAAUGCUGCAAAGUACACAUACGACAGCACCGCCGGCGCCGCAACCUGUGCCUAUGUUAUCGACACUGGCAUUGACACCAAGCACCCCGAGUUUGAGGGCCGUGCCACUUUCCUCGCCAACUUUGCUGGUGAUGGCAACAACGCUGACGGCAACGGCCACGGUACUCACGUCGCCGGAACUAUUGGCUCUAAGACCUACGGCGUUUCUAAGAAGGCCAAGCUCUUUGCUAUCAAGGUUCUCAAGGCUGAUGGAUCUGGAGCCCUCUCUGGCGUAUUGGCAGGUAUCAACUAUGCUGCAAACGACGCUAAAAAGAGAAACUGCCGUGGAACUGUUGCCAACUUGUCUCUUGGUGGCGGCAAGUCUGUAUCCCUGAAUUCCGCUGCAGCAAGCGCUGUCUCAUCUGGUCUUUUCCUCACUGUCGCUGCUGGCAACUCUGCAGUAGAUGCUAGCGGUGCUUCCCCUGCUUCUGAACCUUCUGUCUUCACCGUCGGCGCAACAGACUCAAGCGACAAGUGGGCCAGUUUUUCAAACUUUGGCGCCUCAGUAGAUAUCCUCGCUCCUGGUGUGGCUGUCCUCUCCACAUGGCCCAGUGGUGGCACAGCCGUCCUUUCAGGUACUUCAAUGGCAACUCCCCACGUCGCUGGCCUUGCUGCCUAUCUUCUCGCCCUCGAGGGAAAGAAGGCGCCAGCUGCUCUAGCUUCCCGCAUCACUAGCCUUGGUAACAAGGACAAGAUCAGUAGCGUGCCAGGUGGUACCAUCAACCUUCUCGCUUUUAAUGGUAACCCAAGUGCUUAA